CGUGUCUUUAACUAAGACCGGGGAGAGCCGAUGAGCCGUCAGUUUGUCAGCGAAACUCAAAGCGAACGGUACGCAGGCGCGCAGUCGCACAUCCGUCAGAUACUUGCCAGUGAAAAUCAGAACUCUGAAGUGAAGAAUUGCAACUUGCAGAUACGCCGAGUAGCAGUAGAAGAAGUACUAUUAGUAGUAGCAGUGUGACAAUCUAAAAAAUAACCAAAAAUAUCCGCCCUACUGCCAGUGUCCGCCCGACCGCCAGUGUCCGCCGAACGAAGGACAAACAUAUAAAUAAGGCAGAAAAUAAAUAAAGCGGAGGCAUAAAAAUUCCACACAUCGUUCGGUGCGCAGCGACGAGAUCGAAUGCGCGGACAAAAAGCCUAAAAUAAAGCACACCAGGCACCAGCUCCAGUAACAGCUCCAGCACCAGCACCAGCUCCAUCUCAAGCUCCAGAACCAGCACCAGCACCAGUACCAGCACCAGAACCAGAGACCUGAGACCUAAGGCCAAGAGACUAAGGGCGAAAAAUAAACCAAACCCGAGCCGAGUCGAGCCGGAGGUGCGAGACAAGAAAUUAAAUUGAUAAAAGCCUAAAAAGCAAAGACCAGCGACGUUCCUAGGACUUUGUCUUUUUACUUAUUUUUUUUUUUUCGUCCAUCGUCUUCUUCGUCGCGGCUACCCUGCCGCCCCUGGGAUAUUGUUGGAGCUGCUCCUCCUGCCUCCUGUGCCGCCAGUUGUUACUCUUGUUGUUGUUAGUGGCGGCGGCGGUGGUGGUGUUGUGGUGUUGUGUUUGCACUGCGCGGGCAAUUAUCGGUCGAAUCGGUCGGUCGGUUGGCCAGGGAAUUCCUGACAGUCUCACGUGUGUGCGUGUGUGUGCUUCGCGGGGCGUGUGUGUGUGUGUGUGUGGCAAAUAGCUCAGAGCCACGAAAUAGUUUUUAUCGCCACACCAAAAUCGCCAACUGCACAAAUUAAAAACAAAAAAAUCAAGUAUAAAAAAUAAAUAAAAAGAAACUGAAGGGCACAGCCGGCCCACAAAAUAUUAACCCGCCGGGCUAACAGUCAGUCGCCCACAAACAAACAAACAAACAAACAAACGGCCAGCAAAAAUGUAUAAUAAAAAAUUACAGCAAGUGAUCGUGCAGAAAAUAGAUCGAUAAACCGAAAACCCCAAACCCCAAACGCCAAAACGAACUCAAACCCGAAAAAAAUAAAAAAGUUUAAAAAAGAGAAAUAAUAAAAAUAAAAAAAAAAAGAAGAAAAGCAAAAAGACAACGUUGUCCAGCGGUCCAGAGAGUAUAAAAAUAAAUAAACGAACGACGAUCUGCGAGCGAUCAAGGAGCUUUAGCAGGAAGAGCACGUUUCUGUGUUUUUGUUUCAAUUUCAAUUGUGGAAAUCGUAGAGGAAAAAUUCGAACCGGUCCGAAGGGGCAAGCAGAGAGACAAGCAACUGCAACUGCAACUGCAACUCCAGCAACAACUGUAGCAACAACAAGGAAGAUUGCAAGAACGACGACCGACGAGGACGAGAGGCCAAGAACCGAUAUUUAUUAAACAAAGACAGAAAUUAAUUUCACGACUUUGUGCACCACCAUUGAAGCAUAUUGGAGCCACCCCCUACCACCAUCCACCCACUACCCAGCAACCACCUGCCCUGCCCCUGCCUCUGCCCCAUGAGCGGCCUGAACUUUGAGCCAGAAGAGGUCUGGGCUUGAGCAGGGAACUAAGGAUCUACUGUUCGCCGGCAAAAUGUACGACAUCAAGCGCCUGGAAGCCGGACAACAACAACUACAGCGAUUACAACAACUACACCAACAGCAACAGCAACAAUCUCUGGGACUUGACCUAAGCGGUCUGCAGAAGCAGCAGCUCACCUGCAGCGUGAUAGCAGCGCCCUCCCUGAAGCUCCAGGAUAAUCCCAAUUCCAGCGAGGCCACCCACAUGACGCUGCUAUCCCUGCGCCGGCGUCGAUCGCUGCAGCGACGCGCCUGCCUCCUCAGCAUCCUGGCCGCCUUCGUCUUCGGCAUGGCCCUGGGCGUGGUAGUGCCCAUGUUCGGCCUGCCCCGUAAUCCCGAUGCCGCUGAAUCUCCGCCAGACAUGCUGCAGGAGAUCAUAGUGGAGCCGCUGCAGACCAACUACCGCGUGGCCUUCAUCAAGGAGGAGCCGGACUCGGAGCUGAGUGCCGAGCAGGUCUUCCGCAAUGCCUUUCACCUAGAGCAGGACAAGGAUGCCCCCGAUUCCAUGGUGGUGAAGAAGCUGGACACCAACGACGGCACCAUCAAGGAGUUCCACGUCCAGCGCACGGCCAACGGACGCUAUCGGAAGGGACCGGAGCGGAGGUUGACCAAAAAGAUUCCAGAUCGCAGGACGCAGGCGGAGACACUUCGCGCACCGGUGACCACCACAACGGAGGGCCCCAGCGGCCUCAUAGAGGACAGCGUCUUCUGGGGGCCCGUGGUGGAGAAGGCUCUGCCCAAGGGCUUCGCCUCGGAGGACCAGCUCAGCUGGGAGCGGUUUGUGGGCGAGCAGGGCCGCGUGGUCCGCCUUGAGGCAGGCUGCGGGCGAAUGCAGAACCGUCUGGUGAUCUUCGCUGACGGGACGAGGGCCUGUGCCCGCUACCGCCAGAACACCGACCAGAUUCAGGGCGAGAUCUUCAGCUACUAUCUGGGACAACUGCUAAAUAUCAGCAAUCUGGCACCAAGUGCCGCCACAGUGGUGGACACCUCAACGCCCAGCUGGGCGGCUGCCUUGGGCGACAUCGGCCAGGCCCAGUGGAAGGAGCGCCGGCCGGUGGUGCUGACCCGCUGGCUAUCCGACCUCGAGCCCGCUGGCAUUCCACAGCCCUUCCAGCCGCUGGAGCGGCACCUCAACAAGCACGAUGUCUGGAAUUUGACGCGCCAAUUGGAGAGGGAGGGAGAGUCGGACCGAGAGAGGGAGACCGAACCCGAAAGGCAGACGGGAUUACUCAAGCGGUUGGGGGCUGCCAGUUCGCCAAGCUCCGAUCAUCAAUCACGUGCGAUUGAAGAGACGGGAGCUGGUAAAGAAGGUGCAGCAGCAGCAUCAGCAGGAGCAGGAGCAGGAGAAGAAGCUGGAGGAGCUCUGGUGCAGCGGCUAAUUGAAUUGGCACAAUGGUCCGAUUUAAUCGUCUUCGAUUACCUGAUCGCGAACCUCGAUCGCGUGGUUAAUAACCUGUACAACUUCCAAUGGAACGCCGACAUCAUGGCCGCCCCGGCCCACAACCUCGCCCGCCAGCCCGCCUCCCAGCUGCUCGUCUUCCUGGACAAUGAGAGCGGCCUGCUCCACGGCUAUCGUCUCCUCAAGAAAUACGAGGCCUAUCACAGUCUCCUGCUGGACAACCUUUGCGUUUUCCGGCGACCCACCAUCGAUGCCCUCAAGCGACUGAGAGCGGCGGGGCCGGGCCAACAGCUGAGGGAUCUCUUCGAGAAGACGACCAGCCCGGGAGUGCGGGAUGUCCUGCCGUCGCUGCCGGACAAGUCCGUUAAGAUCCUGGUGGAGCGCAUCGAUCGGGUGCUCGGCCAGGUGCAGAAGUGCCAGGGUAGCUAAUGAAGCCAACACCUCGACUGAUCAGCUGUAAAUAGUGGGAGGGGCGGAGCAUCUUCAUCUGGAUAGUCAUGGGAGCAGGGGGUGUACGCACUCGAGCCAGCCUGUAUUAGAGACCAGAUUCUUAGAUCUAUUUGUAAAUUGUUUAAAAAAUUAAUUAUAAUCUUAUUAUCUUACUGUCGAGCCAAGCCUACACCACCUUGGAGAGCAGAUCCAAGUAUUAGAGGAUGCUCCCCCGAAGCGUAUCUUGUAAAUGCCAGAGUAUUAAGCUUAACCUACUCCCUAGAACCGUAUCUGUAUAAAAUAAGCCUAGCUAGCCCUAACAAUCUGUUUGUGAUAUUUGUCUAAGAAUGAGAAGACCAGGCUUAAGUAGAUUUCAUUUUAAUUUUUAAAACCAAUAAACAAUGAGAAUAUAAACCGAAAA